AUGGUGGGCCUCGGCGCGUCGCUCCUUUCGAUCAUGCCGCCGAUUCCGUUCUGGGCAUGCUCGGGGUACACGUUGAUGUAUGUAGGGUCCAUAUAUACCCUGCCCAAGCUCUUUCGGUGGCUCUUUCCAAAGAAGCAGGACGUGGAGCGGUCGCGCAACGACCCCGAUGUGAUUCGCGAGCGGCUCUGGUCGGUGUCGAUCAGCUCGGUUGCGAGCAUGGUGUGCACGGGUGUCGUUGUGCGUGCUAGUGGCGCAGCAGAAGGAAAGGGUCUCUUUGGCUUCCUGAGCACCUUGCGGUGUAUGGGCCUCGCCCUGCCUGUUCCGUCGCUGCUGACCUCGAACAUGCUUCCGUUUUCCCCGGAUCUGUUUACAUUUGCUACGCAGGUCUUGACCGUGUGUGGUGGCGCGCUCCUUCUGACGGCGCUCGCUUAUGCUGGCACCUUGUAUACCGACUACCUGGAGCACGCGCUGCCCGGUCAGCGCUAUUUCCAAGGGCCUGGCACGCGCAUGGAAGCGCUCCGCAACUAUGUUGUGGGUCCUAUGUCGGAAGAACUUGUCUUUCGUUCGUGCAUGCUGGCGACCAUCCAGUUUGGGAGCCGUGUCGUGAGCAAGACGCGUAUGAUCUUUACGACGCCGCUCUACUUUGGCAUUGCGCAUCUCCACCACGUCCUAGAAGCUUACGCACAGGGCGGAAAGACGCCAACUGCGUUGCGCCCCGUUGCACUGCACAUUCUCGGCAUUACAGCCUUUGCACGGUGCAUGCCGUUCCUGACAUCGCAUCCCCUCUAUACUGGUUAUAAUAGUUAA